UCCCCCUGGCUGCCCCCCAGAUGCUGAAGAAGCUAGAGCAGAUGAAGAAGAAGGCCGAGGCUGUGGUGAGCACCGUGGACAUCUCGGAGCGGGAGAAGGUGGCCCAGCUGCGCCGCAUCUACAAGAAGGCGGGGCUGGCCAAGGAGAAGCGGCAGGUCACCUACCUGGUGGCCAAGAAGGGCGUGGGGCCGCGGGUGCGGCGUCCCCCCGGCGUCAAGGGCCAGUUCAAGGUGGUGGACAGCCGCCUCAAGAAGGACGUGAGGGCUCAGAAGCGCAAAGAGCAGAAGAAAAAGCGCCACAAGUGAGGUGGGAGCGGCUCCGUCCCCAGCAGGGGACUGGGCUCGGGGCACGGGGCUGGCUCCUGAGCCCCACUGCCACCUCAGCAGCCCUGGGGGCAGGGCUGGGGCCUGGCCACGCCUGGCUGAGCGCCUGCCUUGCUGUGACCCUGA